GUCCGUUAACAAACAAAACAUUUCUGACCUAUCAAGUUUUCAAUAAUAUUUUUGUUUAACACAUGGUUUACAAGCGAAUAAUCAUCAUCGCGCAAUUAGUUGAUUAACCUAUUAGUCAAUUUCACAAUACACAGCAGUAUUUCACAGAUUUCUGUACCAAGCGUCUAAUAUAUAAAUAUGUGGCCCGAAGUGCGCACUGCUAAAGAGGAAAACCGACGAGAGCUUAAGCUCUCCGGACCGGCCUUACGGCAACGCAUCGACGAAAACGGUGGUAAACUAGACGAAACCAUUUACCAGUUGUCGGCUCUAAACCUUCUCGAUAUUAAUGAUACUCCACUGGACGAGAUUUCGCCCCAAGUAAGUGAGCUUAAGAAUUUACAAUCGUUGCUCUUGUUCCGGAACCAUAUCAGCGCAGUUCCGGUGGAGCUGGGACAGUUACCAGCGCUGAAAGUGCUAGAUUUGUCGGGUAAUCGAAUCGAAUCACUGCCAGCGGAGAUAGGCGAGCUGAAGGCACUGACCACGGUGAAUUUGUCCGGUAACAAAUUGAAGCUGGUCGAUUUGAGUCGGCUGGAGAAUUUGAUAGUGUGUAAUCUUUCGUCGAAUUUGCUGGAGGAAUUUCCGAAGCUUCCUUGCGGAAAAGAAGUGCAGUAUUUGUCGGAGGUGAAUUUGGAGAAGAAUCUCAUAAAAGAGAUCCCUACUAGUUUGGUGAAACAGACCAGCUUGAAAUUGUUGAACGUAGCAGGGAAUCGAAUUGAGCUGGUUCCCCAAUUUCUGGUUAAGUGUCCAAAACUCAAGGAAAUCUUACUCAAGGAUAAUCCAUUGAAGGAUAAACGACUCAAGAAGCUGGUGGAGCAGUGUCGCAGCAAGCAAGUGUUGGAUUACGUUGAAAAAUCUGGCCACAUUGUACCAAUGCCUGAAGGUAAUUCCACAAAAUCCAACCGGGAGGAUUCCAUGUCACAAGGUGAAGAAAAAUCGGACCCGGAAAUUCCCGAUAUUCGCCAAAGAAUCACAGUCCUAAAACCAGCGGAGAAUGGGCGCCAAAUUAUUUCAAGGGCGGACGCAACUUCGAUACGGUCAUUCGUAGUGCACUGUAUUGUGCGGGACUUCACGAUCACCAGUAUGAGAAAAUUUCUGCAGCUACAGAACGAACUUCAUGACAGCGAAUGCGGGAGACGAGAGUUGGCCACCAUUGCCACCCAUGAUCUCGCCAAGGUUAAAGGUAACGUACGUUACCUUGCCGAUCUAGGGGAGAACAUUCAGAUAACUCCGCUGGGUGCGAAGGCAAAGGUGACGGCGGCCAAGUAUUUCGACGAUUUGAAGAAACAGGCGGAAGCUAUUCGUAAAGAGAAGAAACGGAGCACUUACUCGGGGAUUCACAAAUAUAUCAAUCUGUUGGAGGGGAAAGUGUUUCCCCAUUUCAGCGACGAAGAGAAAGUGAUCAGCCUUCCUCCGCUGACCAAUUGUGACGAGACAAAGGUUUCACCGGAAACCAAAGAUUUUCUGCUGGAGGUUACCGGUUCGGUUAGUAUGGAUUGCUGCCAAAGGGUGAUGGUGGCGCUACUGAAAGGAAUGCUCCUGAUGGAUGUUGAAACUCGGCGAAGCAUUUCGGAGGGGAAAAAGAAGGCCAAAGGUAAAGGAGCGACCGUUGUGACGUACGAUAAGCAAGCUGAGAUGUUGGUGGAACAGGUGCGACAGUGUGAUGCGGAUGGAAAGACCCAUUCAAUCUUCCCGGGCAGGGGAGAUUUGGUGUUCGACGAAGAGGAAAAAAUUGAUAUUGAAUUUAAGUAAAAUGGCGUUGGAAGUGGACGCCGCAAAACCGCAUUCGAAAAUGUAUGUUCAGUAAAGCCAAAUAAAUUUGCAUAAAAUGCAUGUCAUUUCUUUUGUUAUAUGAAGAUUCGGACCUGAAUAGAGUUGGUCAUUUUGAAGGAUGGAUUGAGGUUAGGUAAACUGUACACUUCGUAGUUGUUCUCCGUGAUUGAUGUGAACCAAAAUUUGCACAAUGAACACACUGAUUGGUGCUUGGGAGCGGCAUUAGACGAGUGCCAUGAAGUGACAAUACUAAAAUCAUUGCAUUUCAUGAACGUUUUAAUCAUCUACCUCCGACCGAUUUAUCUCCUCCAGCGAUUUCUUUGCGUAUUGGGCGGAGGCCAGGUCCGGCACUUGCGGUAAAUCUUAGGAGCUUAAUGUGGGAGAUGUGCUUCCCGUCAGAGCUUACCUGUUUUGUGGGGGACGUAAAAUAGCUGGUUGCCGGCCAGCCGUUGCCAUCCAGCGUUCCGCUUCACCGGAGAAAAAAAAUAUUCUCCGUCAUUUUCAGCCUUUGUCCCUGGGCCACAGCUCCGCAUGAUGAUGCCCAUCUCCGCUAGGUAUUUUUCGUAUUGUUAGUCGCCUUCGAAUACUAACAAUGUUCGAGGAAGCGUCCCAGGGUCCCGAAGUUGCAGCAUUCCCGCAGGCUGACAAGUGCAGUAAAGCUCAUGAACAAGCACGUUUUCUUCCGCUGCACUUGGUUGAUGGUGAGAACAUGAAGAAGCUGCAACUGAUUGUUUACUGUGCUGCUGUGGCGACCGCUAAAAGCUUAGGAUACCGUAUAAGACCAAGAGGCGAACUGCUCCAACAUCUCUGUGAAUGGCGUGAACCUCCAUGGCGAAAGAGAUUGGAGCAACGGAUUCUAAACAUAUUGUAGUGUAAUGAGCCAUGACUCACUAUAGACAAAUAAAAUUUUCAUUCCCUUAGUUACCGUCAAACAAUCAAGUUGAUAUUUCACUUGAAGUUACAGUAUGAAUGGCUACGUCAAGUUCCAGAACUGGAAGUUUGGGAAAUCAAGAUUCGAGAUCACACGGUGUUUCAAGCCUACCUGGAAUCGAGCGAUUGUACGGACGGGAAAAUUGGGCGACAUGGAAGCCCGAGAAGAACGUGGAUGGAACUUUCAAAGCUGUCGACCCUGUCAAGAAUCGAAAAGCGAGGGCGAAGAUUAUCCUGCUGUUGGAACCAACGAAUUACGUUCAUGUAUCAUAACCGCCACAGCAUUUUCCCACUGCGAACAACUUCACAUCAUCGCAGAAGAGCAGAAAGAAUACAAGAAAAAUAUGCAUGGAUGCAAAGACUAGGCCAUCAUCGACGCAGCCAUCGUCGGACAAGCGGUAUACAAUCAGCGGAACCUAAAUAUGGCCUAUAUAGACUAUAGGAAGGCUUAUGACUCCAUACCUCAUUCGUUUCUCAUCCUGGUAUUGGAGCUCUAUAAAAUCGAACCCACUGUCGUUAGGUUCCUGCAGCAUGCGAUGAGACAGUGGAGUACGUCUCUGCACCUCAGUGAUGGGGAAAAUGUGUUGCAGUCUAGAGCACUGCAGAUAAAGAGGGGGAUAUUCCAAAGCGACUCUUUCAGCCCGUUUUGGUUUUGUCUGGCACUGAACGCUCAAUAGAAACGAUCAUGGCUAUAAGAUAAGGUAUGGCGACGACGCCCACGGAGGAGUGAUCCAUACCUUUCACAUGGACGACAAGGUCUACGCUGAUUCACGUCAGCGUCUAGGUGUAGCUAUCCGGGUUGUCGAAGAUAUGACCAGGGACAUCUUCAUAGAGUCCGGCCUCGAAAAGUGACGCUGUGUCCAUCUACUGAAAGGGCAGCUCACUGAAUCCGGAGUUUACGAGGUCUGUGACUACGAGUUGAUAGAAAACAUGGUUCGUGGCGAAUCCUAUAAAUAUCUUGGAUACCGACAGCACACCGGGAUUUGCCACUCCGACAUCAAGACGAAGCUGUGAGACAAGUUCUUGAGUCGAGUGACCUGUGGCUUGAGGACAUUCCUCAACGUGAGGAACAAGGUACGCGCGAUCAACACAUUCGCGGUUCCCCUGCUGACCUUCAGUUUUGGUGUAGUCAAGUGGAGCAAAACUGACCUGCAUUCAAAGAGGUCGGAAUGCGCCAUCCUCAAUCGGCACUGGCGAGUGUCAGUACCACGCGAAGAAUGGGGACUUGGAAUAGUCGACAUAUCUGCACCGUGUGUUGCCCAGGUACGACUGCGCAGUACUUCGCAGAACGCGCCAACCAAAAUGCGCUAUACUGGGCUGUCUGCGCCACUGAGAGAGGAUACAGCGCUCUGCAUUUGGCGCAAGCAAUCUGUAGGCAGUGGAGAAGAUUACAGCUUGAAAGAAAAAGGUAGUGCAUGGUGCCCACCUCCAUCAACUGGACCGGCCACACGUCGACAAGGCCGCAUCUAAUAUGUGGCUAACGCGUGGUGAACUCUCUUCAGUAGUUGAUGCUGACAUGAUAGCCAUCCAGGACAGGAUAAUGCCCACGAGAAACUGCAGGCGGUACGUCUGGCAUCAAGACGUUGAUGACAUUGGCCGGAUGUGCCAUCAACCAUCGCAAAAACGAAAAUCACCGGGUGCUGAUGGGCUACCGGUAGAGUUUUACCAGCAAACUUUCGACAACAUAUACAGAGAACUUUACUUCGUAAUUAAUGAAGCGAGAAGCAGUGAGCUCCCCUUAGGGCUCACCGAUGGCACUAUAGUGCUGGUGAAAAAGAAAGGUGGCGAUAAAACAGCACGAUCGUAUCGCUCGAUCAGCCUGCUCAACGUAGAUUACAAGAUUCUGAGCAGAGUGAUGAACGCCCGUCUAGAUAGUGCAAUCGAUGUGAGUGAGCUUGAUUUCAUCUUCAAUUGUAAUGAAUAUUGACCUGUGAUGUAAAUCUAUAUAAAUAAAAAUGGAAUGUUGCCUA